AUGGGUAUACUUUUAUUUUGAAAGGCCCCGUACAUUUCAUGCUGUUGUGACGCCAAUGACGUAAAAUCAUGUUUGAAGCGCAUCUAAACGCUGUUCUCACAUGGAAACCUAAACAUGGAGCAUUCAAGCACAGAGAACCAGAAUCAAGAUCAAGAAUCUGAAAAAGAGAAAAUGGAUUUGGAUAUUAAUAAUAAGUUUCAGACUAAAACGACCGGUGAUCAGAGCUUUGGUCCUCAACUUGGACCAACAGAUAAGCCAUGCACCAAUGGUCAGUCUGAACAACUAGGUGAUCAGAGCACUGGUGGUCAACUUGGACCAACAGCAGAAGCAUUCACCAGUGAUCAGUCUGAAGAGACAGGUGAUCAGAGCACUGGUGGUUCAUAUGGACUGACAGCAGAUCACUGCACCAGCAUUCAUUCUGAACAAACUGGAGAUCAGAGCUCCAGUGGUCAGUUUGGGCCAACAGGAGAACAUUCAACCCGCGAUCAGUCUGGACUGGCAGGAGAUCAGAUCUCCAUUAUUCAGUCUGAACAAACAGGGGAUCAGAUCUCCAGCAUUCAGACUGGACAUGCAGAGAUGCAUUGUGGAAUUGUGGUUAGUCCUCACUCUGGGUCGUUGGGUUUGCUGAGCAAGCAGUACAGAGAAAACAGCUCGGAUGACAACUGUUCAGACAGUGACUCAGACUCUUCGUCCUCCACAUCCUCCUCUUCAUCAUCCUCAACCUCUUCCUCCUCUGAGCCUUGUAAUUUAGUCAAGAACAACGCAGAAGAUGACGAUGAAGGUGUUGCCAUGGGCAGUGAGGAAAGGCCUGCACCAUUGAAAACCCAAGAUGAGCUGCUUAUCGAUGAUCUUCCUGUAGUUGAGAACCUCUUCAUCAGCCUUCCAGAAGAUACAGAGAUGGAGCCCAUCGGGACGAUAUCAAGCAUUGUGGAGCAAUUAGUGAUUGUGGAGUCAUAUAAGAACACACCACCACUGCAUGAAGACAGCGUGUUAUUCACCAAAAACAGAAACUCUGUUGGCAAGAUCUUUGAAGUCUUCGGGCCAGUUUGUCAGCCUUACUAUGUUUUUAGGUUCAACUCCCAUGACGAUAUCGACCAGAAAGGUCUUAAGAUUCGAGAUGUGGUUUACUUUGCCCCCAAAAUUAAAGAUUUCACAGACUACAUCUUUACAGAGCGACUCCAAGGGACCAAAGGCUCGGAUGCAUCGUGGAAAAAUGACCAGGAACCACCCCCUGAGGCACUUGAUUUUAGCGAUGAUGAGAAAGAGAGGCAGGCCAAACAGAAGCUUAAAGAGCAAAAGAGACGGCAAAAAAAUGAUUCGGACUCCGAGGACGAAUUGGAUGACCCUAAAGGUCCGCCCCCUCACAAAUCCGGCCGGCGGAAGCCCAGACAGAACCGUAACGUUCCCCGCGGGCAGCAUCACAAUCGUGGUGGUGGUUUCCAUAGCAACUAUCACGCUCGCCAGCCCUUCCCACCGGACUACAUGUUCCCCCAUCCAGAUCCACACAUGUUUCCCUUCCAGGGCCCAAUGAUGCCACCUUUUCCCAGAUUUCACAUGGGAAUGGCCCCUUGGCCCCCAGGGCCCAAUCAGGGCUUUAUGUUCCAGGCCCCGCCUCCACCUCCUCCUCCUCCUCCUCCACCACCACAUAAUCAGUAAAGCUGUGACUGGAUCCUAUUGACAACCUGCGCCCUAAAAAGGAUCACAAUCUUUGAAUACUAAUACAACUCAGGUGUAUACAGGUGUAUAGUAUGAAUCAAGCAUAAUUCUGUGCAAUUUUUUUGUAUUAAAAAUGAUUCAUUUCUCACUUUCAGUGUCUUUUUCCCUGUGAUUGUCAGACACGAUUGCUCUAUUUUUGAAGCUGCUUUAUUCCUUUUAUUUAUACACUGAAAAUUGGAUUCUUGUGUCUGUUUUUUUAUAGUACUGCCCAGAAGUGGAAAUGCAAAAUGUUUAUUUGAUGCACCUAAAA